CGAUAGUCGACUGCGGUAUCCCUAUUCUCAUGGCGAGAGACAAAGUCAAGUCGCGUAGUUAUCAGUUUGUUAAAUAAAUUAUACCUCAAUGGAUUAAAAUUAUGAGAUGAUUUUUAAUUAAAUUAUUUUUUGUAUUUGUGUACGUUUUGUUCUGCAUAAAGAAUUAAAAAAAAUAAAUAAAUAAAGAAAUCUGCGGAAAGAGUCAUCACAUUGUCUUUGUGGUUGAAGUGUAUUGGUGUAAGUGCAUGUGAAAGAGGAUAUGUAUGUAAAAUACAGAAUAAAAGUUGAGAUGCAAUAAAAAGUGAAAUAAUUUAUUGUUACAAUACAUUCCAUGAGUUGUUGUAAUAACAAACUGGCAAAUUUCCGGAAAGCAAUAUAGGAAGUGAGGAACAACAAAAGCUUUGUGUGUUAAUGACAAAAUCGGCUGUUUCGAUACCGUUAUUGAGAAAACAUCCCCUUUUCCCCAUCCCAUUGGAUCAUUACUGUCUCUUUGCCAUAAAGUAUGACAAAUGUCAUCCAUUACUACGCUGCUACAGCUUCGACUGGUUAACCACAACACCCUAGUGCCAAAAAAGUAGCAAACCAUUUUUACAAGUGAAAGUUAAAACAAACAUCAGCAAUUAUUUGUUGAACAAUAUUUUCAAGUGUGUUCCGCACCACCUUUCUGAGUAACUAAAUUUGGUUAAAUUCCAUUUGAUUGCAACAACCAGUUGAAAUGGUAUCGGUAUCGUCGCCGUCCACCUAACGUCAUCAUAAUCGUCAUCCACAUCGUUGUCGUCUAACAUUGGUGUGCUCUGUUGUAGUUUUUUCUUCUUCGUAUUUUAUUACAAUUUCAACUUAAUUUACGUAAUUUUUCGUUAAACUUUUGUACGCGAAUAUACGCGCAACAAACAGUUCGCCAGUUCCAACGAUCAGACAGACAGACAACAACGACGACAACAACAACACUACCGUCAAAGUUGUUUAUUUUCUUUCUUGUUGCUUACUGCUCCCCAAAGGUGUGCUCACUUUAGCAACAACAACAAAACGGCCUGAUCUCUGUAAUUGGUGUUGUUGUUAUUUUUUUUUUCGUUUGGCGCUCAAGUGAACGGAAGCAAUUCAACGAAAAACCUAAUAAACAGCACGCCACGAAAACAAACCAAAAAUAAUAAAAAAAGAACAGCACGAAAAUUACCGUGAUUUCCCACGUUUUACGAGAACAUAAUAAAAAAACAAGUGCUUGAACACAAUUAUCAAUAUACAAUAAUAAUAACAACAAGAGAGGAACAAAAUAUUUGUAUUGGCGCCACAAAACAACUAAAAUAUUUCUACUAAAUUUGGUUUAGUUGGUCGCAACAGUAUUGGGAACUAUUGGAUUUCAUACAUUGGACUAGUUGGAGGCAGCUUGAAUAUUUCUUCCACAUCAUCAUGGGUUUAUUGAUCUCAAAAAUAUGGAGUAUGUUCGGAAAUGAAGAACAUAAACUAGUUAUGGUUGGUCUAGAUAAUGCUGGCAAAACCACAAUACUCUAUCAAUUUCUUAUGAAUGAAGUCGUCCAUACGUCACCCACAAUAGGAUCAAAUGUCGAAGAAGUUGUUUGGCGGAAUAUACAUUUUCUUGUCUGGGAUUUGGGAGGACAGCAGAGUUUAAGAGCGGCAUGGAGUACAUAUUAUACAAAUACAGAGUUUAUUAUCAUGGUUAUCGAUUCAACGGAUCGUGAGCGUUUGGCUGUGACACGUGAAGAGUUGUACCGCAUGCUGCAGCAUGAAGACUUAAGUAAAGCCAGUUUAUUGGUAUAUGCAAAUAAACAGGAUUUAAAAGGAUCAAUGUCAGCGGCAGAAAUAUCACGUCAAUUGGAUUUAACAUCGAUUAAAAAACAUCAAUGGCACAUACAGGCGUGUUGUGCGUUAACUGGUGAAGGUCUCUAUCAAGGUCUGGAAUGGAUUGUUCAGCGUAUCAAAAAGAAAUGACAAACUCAACAACAAAUGGACUGCGAUAGUAGUUUAUAGUUAAAUCAAUAAUAAUAAUUUUCUAUUUAUAUAUUAUUUAGUAACAACAUAUGUAAACAAAAACAAACACUAAACAAAUAUGAAAAUUAAACAAAUACAAGUAAUCUUAAUUUUAUAUAAAAGAUUUCUAGCUAUAAGAUAUUAAAAAAAUAAUAAUUAACACCUCUGUAAAUCAAAAUCAACAAACAAAGAAACACCGAUAAUGCUGACAACAAACUCAUGUGAGUUAUUUGUUAAAACAUAUAAAAGGAAACAUAUAAAAAUAAUUUUUUUUUGUUAAUUUAUAAAAAGAAGUGAAUAGAACAUCUUUGAGAAAAAGAAAAAAGUUCAUCGAAUUAUAUAUUAACAAACAUAAAUGUAUACAAAAGAAAAGUGUAAAUGUAAAUUAAUGAUGUACUUGCGUUUAGAUUUAAACUAAACUAGUUUUUUAAACUAGAAAUUGAAACUAGAAAGACAGCGCCUUUAUACCAUCAAAUCACUACCAAAGCGCAUUAUACAUGUAACGUUAAUUGAUAAAAAAAAUAACUCUGUCUAGUUUCUUUAAGAAAUUUCCAAGUUCUAUUGUGGUAAACUAACUGUAUCUGCUUUAACAAACAAUUUCCCCCUAUCUGUUUGAUUUAUUAUUAUAAUUAAAAAUUUGUUCUAGUUGUAAUUAUUGUUUUUUACUGAUAUCUAAAUAACAUAAUUUUUUAUAUAUAAAUAAAAACUAAGUUUCUUUUUUCUAAAUAACAUAUUGUAAGAAUAAAGAUGGUACAAUUUUUGUGUGCUCUUAUGAAAAUAUA